AUGCCAUGCAGCAACCACCUCAGCCUGCGAUGGCAUGGAAAAAGGUGUAUUCAGUUGGUGGCUGCUACUGUUGUAUUCCUUGUGAUUUGUGAUCAACUUGGAGUGACUUUGCAUAUUGCUGAAUUGGACUACCAGUCUGAAUUCAGAUAUCCUCUUGAGGAAGAUGUAUCUAGUUCUGUGGAAAGUCUGAAGCUUGGCCUAGAACCAGAUAUUCAUCCUAUCAAUCAGUACAAUUAUCCUUUCAUUUCUGAUGCAAGGAGGAAAUGCCUAGAUCUGAAUGGGAAUCUCCAGCCUUUACGUCUGGUGUACAUUGUCAAAUCGGCCCUGGAUCAUUUGGAAAGAAGAGCUGCCAUCAGGUACACAUGGGGCUUUGAAAAACGCUUCUCUGAUGUUGAUAUUCGGAGAGUCUUCCUUGUUGGAAAAGGAUCAGAUGCAAAGGUUCAGCGUGGAAUUGAUGCAGAGAAUGCAGAGCAUGGAGACAUUGUUCAAGCAGACUUUGCUGACACUUACUACAAUAACACAAUCAAAACAAUGAUGGGUGUGAAAUGGGCAGCAAAUUACUGUUCCAAAGCAAUGUUUUAUGCAAUAGUGGAUGAUGAUGUGUAUAUUUCGACUAAAAAUCUUCUCAGGUUUUUGAAGCAUCCCACAGCAUACCCUCAGUACUGGAAAGAAGCUUUUUUUGCAUCAGAACAACCUGCAGGCAAGAAAACAAAUGUUGGGGUACAGAGAUUGAAACAGGUGGAAAGUUUCCUCGAUCAACAGUCUGGCAGCAGGAACAAAUUAUAUGCAGGAAAAGUCAUGCAUAAGUCACCUCUUCGUCACAAAUUUAGUACAUGGUACAUUUCUGUGGAGGAAUAUCCAUUCUCUAUGUGGCCUCCUUAUGUCACUGGAGGAGCUACUAUUUUAUCAGGAGAUACCAUGAUUGAUUUUUAUUACAUGAGUCAUUAUGUCAAGCAUUUUAGAUUUGAUGACAUCUAUCUUGCUCUUCUUGCCAAGAAACUUGGCAUUACUCCUCUGGACAACCCAGAAUUUCAUAUCUAUCCUGAUAAACCUUAUGCAUCUAAUGACUAUGAGUAUGUCAUUGCUGCCCAUGGGUACUCGAACCCUCAGCUGUUGACAAAAGCAUGGAAUGAACAGAAGAGCUUGGGAAAUGCUUGA